AUGUCUUCCAAAAACACUAAAACUACUCUAAACAAUGAACAACGAAUGGCUGUCAUCGCAUCUAAGGACCAAAAUCCUAAUUUCACCAAUCUUGAUCUUGUCGAUUGGGUAAAAAAAAGAUUUAACCUUGAUGUCCAUCCAAGCACCAUUAGCCGUCUAAUGAAACGGAAGGAAGACAUUGGGGUUAAUUUCUCCGCGAAAAGACAAAGAAGUGUUCAAUAUCCGGACAUAGAAAAUACAUUGCUCGAAUGGAUUCUACGAAGCCAAGACAAAAUAACAUUAACUGAUGCAAUUCUGGUAGAAAAAGCCAAGAAUUUUGCUCAAAUGUUAAAUAUAUCCGAUGACAAUAUCAAGUUCUCAAAUGGCUGGUUGUCCAAGUUCAAGAAAAGACAUAACCUUGCACAAAUAAAGAAGCAUGGAGAGGAUGCCUCUGCAGAUCACGCUAUUGCCACCGCCGCCAUUCCUCAAUUGAGAGAAGUGUUGAAGGAGUAUGAUUUGAGAGAUAUAUAUAACAUGGAUGAAACGGGUUUAUUUUACCGGUAUAAAUAUAAUUAUAUUAUACCGAAUAACAUCAAACUUUACUAA